AUGUAUGUGAAAUGGUUUGAUACAGUAAUGUUUUACUAUGUGAUUUUAGUGUAUUUUAGUGUAUUUAGUGAAUGUGGACAUUGUCGGGGACGCUCCAGGGGGGACAUCGUGGGAGCGAAGGACAAGGUAAGUGAAAAAGAGAUCCCGGAGCAACGCUGCAGGGUAUUCCCGAGUGUACUGCUGCAGGGACAUCACGGGAGCGAAGGACAAGGUAAGUGAUCGAGGGAUCCCGGAGCAACGCUGCAGGGUAUUCUCGAGUGUAGCUCGGGGUUACCACUUGUGGUGCUGAAACUUUACCCUGAGCUACACUCGGGAAUACCUCCAGGGAGGUUAAU